AUGGUGGCCUCGCAAAAUGGCUACGACCAUGGUGGUAGCAUCGCCGACUCGUCACAAACGACUUCGACCUCGUCUCUUACGGGACCGUUUCCCGUCGUGACGCGUCAACAACACGCGAUCCUCGAACGCGUCGUCGCGGCGGUCUCUCCUCCCGAAGCAAGCGACUUCAACUCGCUGCAACAAGCCUACGCCAGAUUAGGUCUACCAGAGAAUGACGACGAGACUUACAACUUACUGUUGAGGCUGAUGUGGGAGAAAGGGUUGAACUGGGUGGAGAAGUGGAGCAGCGCGAACUCGUCGUUGAAGGAUCGCGGCUACGCGUUUGCCUCCGUGUUGCACCGUGAAAAGGACCCACGGACUCCGUCGAACGCCCAGAAGGGAAGGAGGGCAGGGGUAGGGAACAUCGAUGUACUCAAGGCCAAGCUCGACCAAGUCACACCCUCGAAUAUACCCGCACGAUCGUCCUCGACCCAGCUCCGACGUGAUCCCCGCCGUCAAUCUCAAAGCGACGCCGAUCUCACGCCUGCCAACCAUCGCGAGACCGGACUCACGCCCAAGGCAAGCCGUAUCUUUCUCAAGCGACGCGGUGAGGGCGGCUACUCGUCUUCGGACGACUACGUCGGCGUGCCAUCGCCGCCGAAUCACCGUUCGGGCGGAUCGGCCGCUUUGCCGCGAUCGGCGUUUAGCUCUCCUUCGCUCGUCAAGCUUGCUCAAGCCGCAGAAGAGGCACCAACCACUUCGAGACAUGUCAAAAGGGUGUCGACAUCAGACAGCAGCCCGAACAUCGCGUCCUUCCCAGGUCAUCCGCUUAUGUCGAAUAGGACCCGUUCCCACUCGAGCUCGGCCCAUCCGAUCCUGUCGUCCCGAAUUGCUUCGGCCCUCUCAUCAAAAGCCGACGUCGCCACGAAAUCCUAUGUCGAUCGAGAGGACCCCGAAAUGACCGCAACAGGUGUAGCCUUUGAUCGAUUGCGUGCCCUCAAUCCGCUCUUUUCACACUGGCGUGCCAAAACUGCAUGGCUAUUAGAUCGCGCUCGCGGCAUCGAACUGGCGCGCCAGACGAACAUCAAGUCGUGGGCCCUCGACAGGUGGAAGCACAAUUUUGUGGAGGUCAUAGUCCGGCGAGCCGAUCUGGAGCGCGCUGAAACCCAGUGGCGCUUGCGACAGGACACGAGGCUGCAACGAGACGUUUUGGGCCGGUGGCAAAAUCGGAUGAGGUACAAGCAAAGGGCUGAGUGGGAGGGUCGGCUGCGUUCGGCCUGGGAGGAGGUCGUUCACAACCGGAAGCAGCGGCUCGUAAAGAGCGUUAUCAAGGUGAGUGGAAGCUGGUACUGUAAUUUGUGUGGCCACCGCGACUGCUGACAACUCUCACUCGCUAUUCAGUUUUGGCAUCGAACGAUCCUAGAGCGUCGCGCGCGUCGGUUUCAAGAGAGCAGACUCGUGGACCACGCGUUCACGAUCUGGCGCUGGCGGUACGAAAGACUGCGAUCGAUGCAAGAUAUGGCGGACAAUUUGCUGGAGCAGAUUGAUACUUUGGCAAUGUCUUCAGCCGUACACAUCUGGCGCGAACGAUUGCGGUUAAGGUCAUCCGAGGUGGCGGUAUCCGAUGCCCGGGACCUCGACCUGGUAGCAAAAGUGUGGGAUUAUUGGAGGAUGAAUACGUAAGUCAGCAUCACACCUCCCUUUGCUCGUAGGGCUUCGCUGACCUUUCACACUGACUGCCACAGAAAUCAGAGACAGUACGUCCAGGAACUCGAGGAGGUUGCCAAUGACUUUCAACGAAGGAAGCGCAGGCACGAGCUGCUGUCGAUCUGGCGCGAGCAAGUUCACCGUCGCAAGCAGUGCGCAGCUCUCGCACGGAGACACUACCAAAUCCGACUGGUCAAUCGAGUCUAUACGCUAUGGCUGGUCGAAUAUGCCGGGCGCAAGUACCUUGCGGAUCGGAACACCAAGCUUGGCCACGCCUCGCUCGUCAAGUGGUACACACGCGCGCGCUUCGUUUGCAUCGAACUCGAAGCCAAAGCCGACACGGUGCUCGCUCAGUCAGGUCAGAAUUUACUCGGCGGUGCAUGGCAACAGUGGUGCGAGGUGAUCAAGCAACGACGAGAGGCUUCUGAGUUCGCUGUUCGCAUUCAUGAAGGGUCUCUCGUCAAGCGAGCGAUGGCCAAGUGGAGGCAACGACUCGAAAAGUCCGUCGUGAGAGAGAGGCAAGCCGACGUCGCGAGGGACUUCUUGCUGCAGCGCAUGGCGUGGAAUCGGUGGUGGGACGCGAUUGCAGAGCGGGAAAGGGAACGAGCGGUUGCAAGGAUUGCACAAUUUUUGACUACCCGAGAGAUCAAUCUCAAGCGUGCAGCUCUCAGUGGUACGAUUCGUGCGACGCGCUGGCGUUGCACCCUCGUCUGACCCUCCCUCUGUUUCUACCAAUAGGCUGGAUCGACAUGACUUUGCGCGCUCAGUCCGACCGACUAAAAGUGGAGACCAUUGGCAAGAUAUCUAAUCACGUGUUGUUGAAGCGGUGCAUGGAAACAUUCAUCGGCCGCGUCGUGGACCUGCGCGACCGAGAAGACCGAGCAGGUCAAGACUUUGAGCUCAAGAUGAAACGGUGAGCAGGGGACCCGAACCAGACGCCCUUCCGAUUAAAUUCUAACGAUGGACGUAUCAAAUGCGCAAAGUUUGGUCCUUUCUCGCUGGCGCCAACGGUCGAGCAAGAUUCGUCAAUUUGAGGAACUCGCAACAACUCAUCGAGAGAUGAAGGAAAGAGGUGGGUCUACGAGGUCAAUUUCGGGGCUGCGAUGCUCAAUAUGACUUAAUGAGCCCGUUUCGGGUUUAUGUGAUCUCAGAAAAGAGCAAGGUGGCCUUGAUCAAAUGGUCCACCCGCGCUAGGUCGUCGCAAGCGCUGCACAUCGCACUCGCCAAAAGACGAUCUUCGAUGCUCGAGUCGUGUUUCGAUCAUUGGCGCGAAAGAUCGAUGCGCUCGCGCGAGAUGCACGUCGUCCACUCGAUCGGGGACCGCAUUCUCGUCGAUGCAUGGAGUCGAUGGGUCGAACGGACCAUGGCUUUGCGAGUGAUCAGCAACCGUCGAGCCCGAACGCGCGCUCAGGUGCUCGAGAUCUGGCGGGCCAAGACUACUCCUGUCGAGCUUGUCGCGAUGGCCGUCGAGUUGGACCAGAUGGGUACGCAAUCUCGCGCCUUCCAGAUAUGGCAGAUUAAAGCGAUGGCCAAGAAGAAGCUCCGCUCCGUCAGGUGAGACGAGGAGUGUGGUUCCAUGCCUAUUGCCGACGGACGAGUGCUGACCCACCUUGCAUGUCAUGCAGCAGCCGCAAUCGCAUCCUUGGAUCGUCGACCACUUCCUCGUCGGCCUACGCCUCCUUCGUCUCCUUCCGAUCCUCUCCUUCGCCCUCCCCCAUCCGUGCCCACUUCGGACUGACGUCCUCGCCUGAAACCACGCCGACGCGACCUCAGCCCCUGAGCUAUGAUGUCCUCGAAAGAUCGCCCGAGCCUGCAUCACCCUCACCAGCAUCGCCAACACCCUUGCCUCCGCCGUAUCUGAAUCGGACGAAUGGAUCCCGCGGUCAAUCCGAAAGUUCUGAGCAAGGCUCGAGGUCUGCGACCGAUGGAGGUGGUGCGAGAGCGAGGUUACGCGCCGCUGCUGCGGCCGCUCGGGCCCAGACUUUGGGCGGCUCUUAG